AUGGUUCUCUUGGCUGCAGCUGUGUGUAAUCGAACUGGGAAAGCUAUCAUUUCCCGCCAAUUUGUUGAAAUGACCCGGGCUCGGAUUGAAGGGCUUUUGGCUGCAUUUCCCAAAUUAAUGAGUGGAGGGAAGCAACACACUUUUGUGGAGACGGAAAGUGUUCGUUAUGUUUACCAACCCCUUGAAAAACUGUACAUGCUUCUCAUCACAACCAAAGCCAGUAACAUCCUUGAAGAUUUGGAAACUCUUAGACUUUUUGCUAAAGUUAUUCCUGAAUAUUGUCGUAAUAUGGAUGAGAGUGAGAUAAUUGAUCAAGCCUUUUCUCUCAUCUUUGCCUUUGAUGAAAUUGUUGCUCUUGGUUACAGAGAAAAUGUAAAUAUUGCCCAAAUUCGAACAUUCACUGAAAUGGAUUCCCAUGAAGAACGUGUGUUCAUGGCUGUAAGACAGACCCAAGAAAAAGAGGCUCGAGACCACAUGCUGAAGAAAGCAGAAGAGCUGCGUAAGAUGAAGACCAAAGGGGGUACAGGAAGUAGUGCUUGGUCUCCUGGUUUUGGUGGUGGAGGUGGUGGCAGCAACAAUUCUGUUGGACGACUUGAUACUCCUGUCAUUGAUACUACACAUAAUGAGCCUGUCAAACCAUAUACAACAAUAAGUAAACCAUCUGGUCUUAGCAAAGCUAUGAAACUUGGCAGCAAAACCAAAGAUGUAGAUACUUUUGUGGAUCAACUCAAAUCAGAAGGAGAACAUGUCACAUCACCAAUGUCUGCUCCAUCUACAGUCAGCAAGAUGUCCACUUCUGCCUUGAAUCAAGAAGGUGUCCACUUACGAGUAUCAGAUGAAAAAUAUGGAAAGAUCAAAGUUGGUAUUCUUAACAAUGACAACAAAGGUGUACAGAUUCAGACCCACCCAAACAUUGACAAAAAGUUGUUCAAUGCUUCUUCAUAUAUUGCUCUAAAGAACCCAGAAAAGCCAUUCCCAUUGCACCAAGAAAUUGGUGUGCUUAAAUGGCGUUUUCAAACUUUGGAUGAAAGUUAUAUUCCUUUGUCAAUCAAUUGCUGGCCUUCAGAUGCUGGGGCUAACUGUGAUGUAAACAUUGAAUAUGAACUAGAGCAACCUACAUUAGAACUCAAUGAUGUUGUGAUCACUAUACCCAUGCCUACCAGCCAUGUUGGACCGAUUGUUACUGACUGUGAUGGAGAAUACACAUAUGACCGAAGCAAGAACCACAUGAUUUGGAGUCUGCCUGUCAUUGAUGCCUCCAAUAAAUGUGGAAGCCUUGAAUUUAGCAUUCCUGGACACCCAGAAGAUUUCUUCCCUGUCAGUGUUUCUUUUGUCUCAGUCAAGUCUUAUUGUGACAUUCAGGUGACUGAAGUAUUGACUACUGCAGAUGUACCUGUCAAGUAUUCAUCUGAAGUUUUCUUCUAUGUGGAUAAAUAUGAAAUAGUAUAA